AUGCCGUCAGUGACGAGGUCUGCCGCAAUGGAAGUCACCGCGCUUCCCACAUCUGUCCUCACCGAGAUGCCUCCUGUCAACUUCCUCAAAGCGACCAAAAUCUCGCUCUUCGACCCCAUGCUCAUCUACCUCUUCCGAAACCACUUCAGUACAUGGAUAGACGCCAAUAACUACGGGUCUCAGGCUGAUUUCGUAGAACUUUACACUGCGUUUCGCGAAGUCUACAAAAAUCAUAGCAAGGUUGAUACUUCGCUCCACGCAAAUAGGAAAGGGGAAACGCUCGAUUUCCAGGCAUUACAGGCUUUGGAUGAUCAAAAUGAUUUAUUACUUGACCAAUUCUGGGAGUUUGUUAUGGGCAUGGGCCAGCUUGCCGGUUGUUUUGACAUGAGCUCUGGUGGGUCUGUGGAACAGAACCCCGAAAAAUCUUCUAAAGGAAAGAAGGAAAUUCGCCGCUACAACCAUGUUCUCGCAAAGAUAGUCGCUGCUACUACAGACCCCGCGAAUCCAGGCCCGUGGGACAUCCCAAAACAGGCGAGAGGAAAGGUCCCAGACGCUGAAGGGAUGACACUAGAAAUGUUCGUUGCCAUGAAGAACAAUACCGACGUCCUGGAUUACUUUGAUACGAAGCCGUAUAGAGACCACUGGCAUUCGAUGACCGAUAAGGAUUUUUGGCAUCUGUCUGUUAGUUUGUUUAAACAUUUGAAUGAUCUUCAUCAAGGCCGUGACUUUGUGGAAGGGUUCCGCUACGUGGACAGAUAUAACAGUCUUGUCAGCCUGCUAAAAAACUGCAAGGGAACUAUUUAUUUUAUGUCUCGCCCAUCCACCUAUGAGGACGUUCUCUUGAACCCCCACAUGAUGGAACUUAGAUUUGCCGACAAUCAAAAAAACAAUGCUAAAAAGAAGCUUGACAAUCGUGAACUUGCUGCUCGCCGUGCCCAAGAAUUCUUCAUUAAACAUGGUGUCGACCCUCCAUCAAAGUCUCAUAUGCUCCGCGGUGCUGCCAAAGGCAAUAAAAGCAAGCGUGCUGUUUCCGAAAUUGAAGAUGAAUCUAUGGAUGAAGAAGAAAUAGCCUCUCCGGAAACAGCAACACCAAGCACGAAUACAAGAUCUGCUACGAAGAGAAGAAAGGCCACCGCUGCGGCCAGUUCUUCUACUGCUCCCAAGAGGUCACUGGGAAAGGGAAAAGGGAAAGCCGUGGCCACUACUGGUACCACCUCUUCGCAGGGUGUUUUUGUUCCCCCAGUCUCUACUCAUACACUUCUUCGGGCCACUACGCAAGUGCAGCCCCCGCCGAUGGUUGGCAUGGACCCAAAACGUGCAAAGCAGCUCCAGAGUGGGAGGCGCCAGAAGCAGCAGUACCAGCAUUUCCAGAAGUUGCAGCAGUUUAAUGUCCAGGUAGAAGUCUCACCUGAGCAUUUCGGAGAGGAGUUUGUCGUUCAUGAGCAGUUGGGAAUGGAUAAUUUGGAUCCCCGCCUUCGGGACGCUGGGCACCCAACAGUGCACACUUACGCCGGGUCUCAUAAUCCACACGAAGCCAACUCCUCGAGCAGCAAUAGCCAGUUCCACGGUAAUAAUCCAGACCUUGCUAAUAUGUUCAUGUUUGGAUCUGAAAGGGAGAUGGAGACUCAAGCGUGGGCCAACAACGGACAAGGCGGUGGGCCACACGAUGCAGACUUGCCAAAGUCAGGUAGAGCUUCCUACAACCAGACUCCUGAUCAAAGGUUCGUUCAAACUAUCUUAGAUUCAGAGUUCGUAACUACGCCGGAUACGAGCUAUACUACUGGAGGACAGCAAAACGAUCUAGGCAACAUAUCGGCCCAUCAUACAUCUACUCACAACGCUACAGAAAUGGGUUGGCAUAACCCCCAAUCGCGCUACCAGGCCCGACCCACCGAUGAGGACGGUAACUCGUACUUUGACUUUGAGAAUGCCUCGUUUGGACCGGAUAGAAUGGCAGCGAUGGAGAAGAUUUUGGAUAUGGAUCCUGACAGAUGA